UCGUCGACGCCCUCGUCGACGACCUCGCAUCCGCAUUAUCUUAUGUACGACGAGGACGGGGCUGCGGCGGACCAAAAGAUGGAAGUGGACGAGCGAGGUGUUAUCGAGGCGAGUAGCAUGGUGAAUCCUGAACAAGUGGUGGCAGCUACUGCCGGUGGUAUUGGCGUGGGAGUCGGUGUAGGGGGACCAGGUACGGCAACUGGAACUGGUACCGGACUGACUGGUUAUUGGCAACACGCGACUACCGCCACCGGCUACUGGCCAUCGUUGUUCGACUGUUGGACGACGCCACCGAUCGCAUCUGGCUCACAGACGCUGUCUUUGCCGCGGGAUGACGAUUGAGGCCAGUAGAAUUUUAUCGACUACUCAUGCGUUCGCGCUGUCCAGCUUCUCUCAAUUUGUCGCGAAAUCUCGUUUUCUUUCGUUAAACAUCGAAUGUUUGAUUUAAACGGAAAUGAUGACUCAGAGAUAUCACAUUUAUAUUUCCGCCGAAAAAACGAUUUCGCAAAUACGAUUUCGUUGUAGUUAAUUAACAAUGUACAGUAAUGACUUCUU